ACCGGCUCAACACCAAAACUGUCUGUCUUGCUGGAGAACAAUGACUUCCCCUUUGCCCACGAGGCGAGUGUCUACACCCCCUCCACCAACGAGCUCUUCAUGACCAGCAACAUGUUCACCGACCCCAUCACCAAAAAAACCACCAUCAAGAUCUCCAAGGUCAGCCUGGACAGCAACCCCGUCACCUCGCAGAUUAUCAACACCACCGUUCCGCUGGGCAAUGGCGGCAUCAACUACAAGGAUGGCAUCCUCUGGUGUGGCCAGGGCACGAUGAAUGAAACCGGCGGUCUGUUCCAGAUGUCGAUUGAGCCACCUUAUACGUCCGAGCUGCUGGUGGGCAACUUUUACGGCCGUCAGUUCACUUCCAUCAACGAUGUUGUCGUGCAUAGCGAUGGCUCGUUCUGGUUUACGGAUCCCAUCUACGGUUAUGUCCAAGGCGUCAGGCCGAAGCCUCAAUUGCCUAGUCAGGUCUAUCGGUUCGAUCCCAAGACCAACAACACCCGUGUUGUGGCGGAUGGCUUCGAUCGCCCGAAUGGAAUCAGUUUCUCGCCUGACGAGAAGAUUGUGUACAUCACCGACACUGGCGCGACGAUUGGAGAUGGAUCAAAGGAUCCCACCAAGCCUGCUACUAUCUACGCAUACGAUCUGACAACCUCUCACGGUUCAACCUUCCUGACUAACCGCCGUGUCUUUGCCAUGGCUGACACUGGUAUUCCCGAUGGCAUCAAAACCGACAUGCAAGGGAAUGUGUAUGCUGGCUGUGGCGAUGGCAUCAACGUCUGGUCUGCCGGUGGAAUUCUCCUUGGAAAGAUCCUGGUCGACAACGGCGCUGCCAACUUUGGCUUUGGAAAAGGAGGACAGUUGUACAUUAUGAAUGAGAACAAGGUGUACUUUGCGCAGUUGGACUCUUCGGUCAAGGGGAGUAUCUUGAAGAUCUAGUGCAGAUGAUAUGAUGUGUAUGAUACUCGAAUGAGUCUAUAUCAGGAAUAGAAUUACUCAUGAUCG